AUGUUUGGAAGCAGAAAAGACAGGGAUGUAGACACGGAUACCAUACCUGUACGCACUAGCACCGACGGCGAUAGCGAACAGCCCACAUCCCCAACCAGCGGCAUUACUGUGAAAACCAGCGACCUAAGCCCUAAGUCUCCCACCAGUCAUCGGUCUGAAGAGAAAGCGCCCUCGCCAAACACUGAACCCAGCAAGAAACGGAGAAGUAGCAGUUCCAAGGCCAAGGAGAUCUUUACGCAAGCCAAAAACUCGCUGAUUCACGGCGACAAGGACGGUCCAUUGACACCCAUGCAGAAACUAGCCAGGACCGAUCCCGCCUUGAGUGUGCCGCAAGGCUCCAACAACAAUUCCGCUGGCGAGUCGCAACCAACACCCAAUUCAUCCUUUUUGGUGGGCGUCACCGAGGACCGAAACAAAAAAUGUCGACGGACGAUGGAAGACACCCAUUCCUAUCUCUACAACUUCCUCGGCACUCCGGCUCCUGUCCUGGCCUCCUCCGAUACGUCUCUGUCCCAGAGCAAAUCCACAGAGUCCCGAAACAGUCCGAAUCCUCUACCGUCGGAUCCAGGGCAGCAUGUGGUGGAGACGGAUAAUGGCUAUUUUGCCAUUUUCGAUGGCCACGCCGGCACCUUCGCUGCUGAGUGGUGCGGCAAGAAAGUUCACGUCAUUCUGGAAGAUCUAAUGCGAAAGUAUCCCAAUACGGCUGUCCCGGAGCUGCUUGACCAGGCCUACACUGCGGCCGACAAUCAAUUGGAGAAGCUGCCACUGAAGAACAGUGGGUGCACUGCGAUCACGGCUGUGCUGCGAUGGGAAGACCGCGUACCUACCAACCACUCGGCGACAGGGUCCCAGGCCAUUGCGGCAUUGGCUGCGGCAGCCGCGAAGGAAGCAGAAAAGCACGAUAACUCCAAAGACGCCAAAGAUGCCACUCCACGAUCAAAUUCGACUGCAGAAGCUGCAGCGACGGCAAUCCAGGAAGCGAAACAGAAGGCGACGCGGCAAAGAGUGUUGUAUACUGCUAACGUGGGUGAUGCACGCAUUGUCCUCUGUCGAAAUGGAAAGGCGCUUCGUCUCUCCUACGACCACAAAGGUAUGGAUGAGAAUGAGGGCCGUCGUAUCUCUAAAGCGGGCGGAUUGAUAUUGAACAAUCGGGUGAACGGAGUUUUGGCCGUGACUCGGGCUUUGGGUGAUUCAUAUCUCAAAGAUCUGGUCACCGGACAUCCCUACACCACCGAGACUGUCAUUCAACCCGAGCAAGACGAGUUUCUGAUUCUGGCUUGUGAUGGGUUGUGGGAUGUCUGCUCCGAUCAGGAGGCGGUAGAUCUGAUCCGCCAAGUUCAAGAUCCUCAAGCUGCUUCGAAGAUGCUGGUAGAUUAUGCAUUGGCCCGAUUUUCGACAGACAACUUGUCCGUCAUGGUUGUCCGAUUCGAUUCUCAAAAGUUACAGCAAAACACAAAGAUUGACAUUGGCGUAGAAAGCGAGGCCAAGAAGGACAAAAGCGCAAUCAGCGAGGUAGAGAUGAUUGUCGGAGAAGCUCGUCGGAACUCUGGUUUUGUACAAGAAGGGGCCCUGUCUGACCAGGAUUCGGAAGAAUUGAGAGAGAUGGUGAUCAAAGAGCAGGAGGAAGAGGAGCCAGGACCCGAACUCACGCCUGAAGGAAAAGGCGAGGCGGAGAGGAUUCUCUCGGAGAAACAGGAGAACCCGGAGAAGAAUGGUGAAAGCUAG